GGGCGGGCGGACCCCCAGGCGUCCCGGACGUGGCGCGGACCACCGCAGAGCCUCCACAAUGCAGGUCCCUAACAGUAGCCCUGUGCACCUGAGCGAAUGGCAGAAGAAUUACUUUGCAAUUACCUCUGGCACCUGUACAUCAGAACAGAAGGCAGACGCGCUCCGUGCACAGAUUUUAAGCAUUCAGUAUGCAUGGGCAAACGCUGAGAUUUCCCAGGUCUCUGCCUCCAAACUGUUCAGACGCUAUGCGGAGAAAUACUCUGCAAUCAUUGACUCCGACAACGUAGAAACCGGCCUGAAUAACUAUGCCGGAAAUAUUUUGACUCUGGCAAGGUGUCAGCAGGCCGACAGUGACAAGUGGCAAUCUGGCUUAAUGAUAAAUAGUGUUUUCAAAUUGAAUCGUGUGCAGGAGAUGAUGCAGGCCGGCAGAGAAGUCAGAGACUCUCUGAUGGCCUCAGCGGAUUCUUCCGUGGUGGUCGGCAAGGAGGCCAGUGCCUUUGGAACUCGAGGCCUUCUUAAGCUCGUGGCCGGUUCUGGAGAGACUGACAGGCACGCAGACUGGAAACCACAUAUCCCGGAGGGCCCCCCCUCCUCGGCCUGCCCUCCGAACGGCCAGCUGCCCAGAGCGAAGAGCCGUGUGGGUGGCCUCCCCCUCGAUGAACGGCCCGGUGCUAGUUUUCAUGCCACUCCGUUGUUUGGGAAAAUCAACACGGCAAGCCAUAGCUCUUCGAAAGUUCUUAGUGUCUGUGGUCCAGACCCAAGCUUCUCUGAUCAGCCUUCUCUCCGCGCAGUCCAUGGCAACCCGGGGAAACGGAAGAUUUUCUACGGUUUGGCUCCCGAGCCCAUUGAAGCGGUUUUCGACCCCGCCCAGAGUAAGUCUUCUAGCGGUGUGGAAGCUGGCAGCCAUGGGGGCGAGAGCAGCCUACCCGGCUUUAAAACGGCCAAAGAGCAACUGUGGGUGGAUCAGCAGAAGAGACCCCCCAAAGCCCAGAGAGGGCCGGGUUCUGUGUAUGGAGGCGGAGGAGGAGGGGGAGGAGGAAAGAAAUGUCUGGGGGCUGGAAGAUCCCGGGGACCAUUUGGCAAGUUUAUCCCCCCCGUGCCAAGGCCGGAUGGCGGUGUCGCAAAUGGAGGGACGCAGUGCAGUCCUCAUGGAACGGCGCCCGCGGAGCCAGCCCACCCCCUGGAUGAGCGCCUGAAAGGUUUAGAACAGAAGAUGAUCGAGCUCGUUAUGAAUGAGAUCAUGGACCACGGGCCCCCGGUGAACUGGGACGACAUCGCCGGAGUGGAAUUUGCCAAGGCGACCAUAAAAGAGAUUGUGGUUUGGCCUAUGCUGAGGCCGGACAUCUUCACGGGCCUACGGGGUCCCCCCAAGGGGAUCCUGCUCUUUGGCCCUCCGGGCACGGGUAAGACCCUGAUCGGCAAGUGCAUCGCGAGCCAGUCCGGGGCCACGUUCUUUAGCAUCAGCGCAUCAUCCCUGACUUCCAAGUGGGUCGGGGAGGGCGAGAAAAUGGUGCGGGCCCUGUUUACCGUGGCCAGGUGCCAGCAGCCAGCCGUGAUCUUCAUCGAUGAAAUCGACUCCCUGCUGUCUCAGCGGGGUGAUGGGGAACACGAGUCGUCCAGGAGGAUCAAGACGGAAUUCUUAGUACAGCUGGACGGGGCCGCCACCUCCUCCGAAGACCGCAUUCUGGUCGUGGGGGCCACCAACCGGCCGCAAGAAAUCGAUGAGGCGGCCCGGAGGAGGCUGGUCAAGAGACUGUACAUCCCGUUGCCGGCAGCUGCAGCCAGGAAGCAGAUCGUGAUGAGUCUGAUGUCCAAGGAGCACUGCAGCCUCAGUGAGGAGCAAAUCGAUUCGGUGGUCGGUCAGUCCGAGGGGUUCUCGGGAGCAGACAUGACGCAGCUUUGCCGCGAAGCUUCUCUCGGCCCCAUCCGUUGCCUGCGGGCGGCGGACAUCGCCACCAUCACAACGGACCAAGUCCGGCCCAUAGCCUAUAUCGAUUUUGAAAGCGCUCUCAGGACGGUGCGGCCCAGCGUGUCCCCACAAGAUCUGGAACUCUACGAGAAAUGGAACCGGACCUUCGGCUUUGGAAAGUAAAUUGACCGAGCGGAAUUAAGGGUCUUGAAACGUGGAAAUCCACAAAUUUGGCCACUGGGGUCGGUGAGCGUGCCCUGGCUCUGGAAGGACUCCUAAAAAGUUGAAUGACCGCCUCGGUGCCCGUCCUGGAUGUCAAUAAUCUUGGCACCCUGGAGUGAAACCGUGUCCAAUAGGAGGUCAUUCCCAGUCAUCAGGCGCUUUCUGGAAGCUUGAGCAAGAUGGACGAUAGGAUUAAGAAAAAAAGUCAUGUUUUAGGGAAACCAUUUUUUAAUCAUUUAGCUUCUGAGGGUUUAUUACUGUUUCGUGAGCAUUGUGAAAAGGAAGCUUUCAGAAUUAAAUUGGCUUUGGAAAACUUAGGAGGGAUUUCAGGUGUGAGUUUAGGGGAGUCGAGGGUUAACAGCGUAAAGGCAGAAGAGUUUCGUUAUGUUUCCAGGUCCCAUGGAGUUAGGAUAAGACCUUGGAUAGUGAUGAAAAGAUCAAGAAAAAUGGAAAAAUUUAGUAUUUAUUACCUUCCAUUGGGGAAGAUGUAAAUCUGCAACAAAACUGUAAACUUGAAUCAGGACCAGUGGUGUACACUAACACUAGUGGUUUUCGAACUUGGCCAUGGCCACUAUAGAUGUAGUCAUUAAGUUUAAAGUAUCCGUUCUUUGUCAGAGAGGAGCUGAGGAAUUUUACACUUG